GGCGUGGGGCGACCGAGGAAGGCUGGUGCGGGGCUGUGACUUUGAGACGUGCGCUAUGAUGCGGCUGCUGUUUCCUCCUCUGAAAGCGGUGCUGGGCAGUGCAGGCGUCCGGCUGCUGGCUGCUGGGGGAGCUCGCCGGUGUGGUUGCCAUUAUGGGCAAAAGCUAUCUCUCUUGCAAAGACAGCACAGUACUCUGUCUGAAGUAGCUUUGCAGUCUGGAAGGGGGGCAGUGUCUAUCCCCACGAAGGCUGCCCAGCGCAUUAUGGGUCGUUGGCUCUUGGUCUGCAGUGGAACAGUAGCAGGAGCGGUUAUUCUUGGUGGAGUGACUAGGUUGACAGAGUCUGGGCUUUCCAUGGUAGAUUGGCACUUGAUAAAAGAAAUGAAACCACCCACAAACCAAGAAGAGUGGGAAGCAGAGUUCCAAAAAUACCAGCAGUUUCCAGAAUUUAAAAUCUUGAACCAUAACAUGACAUUGGCGGAAUUCAAGUUUAUCUGGUACAUGGAAUACUCACACAGAAUGUGGGGACGGAUUGUGGGCCUAGCAUAUAUCAUUCCCACUGUCUACUUUUGGAGAAAGGGCUGGCUCACCCAUGGCAUGAAAGGUCGUGCUCUUGCCCUCUGUGGUUUAGUCUGUUUCCAGGGACUGUUGGGGUGGUAUAUGGUGAAGAGUGGAUUAGAAGAAAAGCCAGAUUCUUAUGACAUCCCUCGGGUGAGCCAGUAUCGUCUGGCCGCUCACUUGGGUUCUGCCCUUGUCCUCUACUGUGCCAGCUUAUGGACCGGACUCUCCCUCUUGCUUCCUCGAGACAAGUUGCCAGAAACCCGAAAGCUCUUGCAGCUGAGGCGAUUUGCUCAUGGGACAGCAGGCCUGGUUUUCCUUACAGCUCUUUCAGGAGCCUUUGUGGCAGGCCUGGAUGCUGGACUUGUGUACAACUCCUUUCCUAAGAUGGGAGACUGCUGGAUCCCAGAGGAUCUCUUUAUCUUCUCUCCAAUCCUUAGAAAUGUCUUUGAGAAUCCAACCAUGGUGCAAUUUGAUCAUCGAGUCCUGGGAAUCGCUACAGUCACAGCCAUUACUGGGCUUUACUUCUUCUCCAGGAGAAUCCCUCUUCCUCGAAGGGCCAGAAUGGCAGUGGCAGCAUUGCUGACUAUGGCUUAUGCACAGGUGGGCUUGGGCAUUAGUACUCUACUAACGUAUGUUCCAACUCCUUUGGCUGCAGUUCACCAGUCAGGAUCCCUCGCUUUGCUCAGCAUUGCCCUUUGGCUUAUGAACGAACUGAGGCGAAUCCCAAAGUAAUGCCCAGGCAGGUAUUUUUCUGGACUGUGCCCAGGCUUUUGAGAGCUCUGUAGAGGGCAUGAGGCUUCCCUCCUGCUGAAUUAAAGAAAUGAUGUAUGUGAUAGAUCAGAAGAUCAAGAAUAAAGUUAUUGAGCUGAGGAUUCUUUUUCAGACUAAACAAACUACUCUUCUUCCAUAAGUUCUCACUUGCUUUUUAAUGUGCUAUUAAGAUCCCUUCCAACUUUCACUACUCUGAUUCUUUUGAUACAGCAAUACCACUGAUAGGUCUGUAUCUCAAAGAAUUGGGAGGGAGGGAAGGAAAAAAAAAACUUUUUGUACAAACAUACAAAACUAUAGUAGUUCCUUUUGUGGGAACUAAAAUAUGAAAAUUUUCUUUUUUAUUUAUUCAUUUUCAACAUUUACUUUUAUAAGAUUUAAAUUUUCAUUUUUUUCUUCUGCUCUCCCCUCUCCAGUAUGACAAGCAAUCUGAUAUGGCUAUAUGCAGUGAUAUUAGAUAUAUUUUUAUGUCAGUCAUGUUGUUAAAGAAGAAUGGAAAAAAGAAACUACAUGAAAGAAGAAACAAACAAAAAAUGGUAAUAGUGUACUUUGAUCUUUAUUCAGAUUCCAUAGUUUGUUCUUUGGGUUUGGACGACAUUUUUCAUCAUGAGUGUUUUGGAAUUGUCUUAGGUCAUUGUAUGGCUGAGAAGAGCAAAGUCUUUCACAGUUGAUCAUUUGCACAGUGUUGAUGUUACUGUGUGCAAUAUUCUCCUAGUUCUGCUCACUUCACUCAGCAUCAAUUCAUGUAAAUCUUUCCAGGUUUUUCUGGUCAUCAGUUCUUAUGGAACUAUUCUAUUAUAUCCACAUACCACGACCUAUGCCAUUCCCCGAUGGACAUCUCUCAAGAAAUAGACAUUGCGAGAAGAUACCCAUCAGUUAAGAGUGCCUGAACAAGUUGUGGUGUAAGAUUGUAAUGGAAUAUUACUGUGCUUUAGGAAAUGAUGAGCACUCAAAAAAACCUCAUGAACUGAUGGAAAAUAAAGUGAGCAGAACCAGAAUAACAUUGCAACAUACAAUAUUACUGUUGCAGUAUAUAGAAUUGUGAAGAAUUUGGCUAUUCUCAGCAAGACAAGCCAUUCGCAAAGGACUCAUGAUGAAAAAUACUGUACAUAUCCAGAGAGAGAACUGAUGUUGUUUGAAUACAGACUGAAGCAUACUAAUUUUUUCAUUUUUUUCUUUUUUUUUGGUUUGAGUUUUCUUGUACAAAAUGCCUAAUGUGGAAAUAUUUUACAUGAUCAUACCUGUAUAUCCAGAUUGCUUACCAUUUCAGGGAGAGGGAAAAGAGAAAGGGAAAGAUAGAAUGUGGAACUUCAAACUUAAAAAUUGUUAUUUUUAUAUGUAAUUGGUGAAAAAAAUAAAAUACAAUUUUAAAAGAA